AAAUGGCCGACGAUUUAUUUUUCCGCCUUCUUUCUUUCAAUGAUUUUGUGGAUGUAGUCGGGGCCUGCAGCCGGUGACAAGUGUGAAGAAGCCCCAGCAGUGCAGUGUGAGGGACCGUGAACCUCAUCAGAAGGUCCUCCACUGCCUGAUGCCAUGUAUGCUCCCAGGAAGCUGAUGUUCUCCCUCCUCGGACGAUGUCCUUGGCGUCAUUGUCACCGGAGGCACAGCACGGCAGCCGCCAAGCUAAGCGUGCGUGAAGCUCUUGUGGCAAAUGUUGAAGAAGGUGCAAAGAAUAUAAAAAUCCAGGGCUGGGUCCGCUCCGUCCGCUCACAGAAAGAGGUUUUAUUCCUGCAUGUGAAUGAUGGCACCUCACUGGAAAGUCUCCAGAUUGUGGCCGAGCCGGGUCUUCAGAGCAGUGCGAUCAGUUUCGGCAGUUCGGUAGAAGUCAGUGGUGCGUUGGUGAAGAGCCCCAGCAAAAAACAGAAUGUGGAGCUGAAGGCCGAGGAGAUUCGUGUAACAGGAGACUGUGACUCCAAGGAAUUUCCCUUUAAAAUUAAAGAACAUCACCCUCCAGAAUAUGUCCGCCAGUUUCCUCACCUCCGCUGCAGGACAAACGCAUUUGGUUCGUUACUCAGGGUCCGCAGUGAAGCCACGUCGGCCAUCCACCAGUUCUUCAAGAGUAAUGGAUACGUUCACAUCCACACCCCCAUAAUUACCUCUAACGACUGUGAGGGCGCCGGAGAACUCUUCCAGGUGGAGGCUUCAAACAGAGACGGCACGCAGGAGGAUGGCGGCUUUUUUGGAGUCCCCGCUUACCUUACUGUGUCUGGACAACUGCACCUGGAGGUCAUAUCAGGGGGGUUCAGGAAAGCCUUCACCUUUGGCCCCACAUUUCGAGCAGAGAAUUCCCAGAGUCGGAGGCAUCUGGCCGAGUUCUACAUGGUGGAAGCAGAAGUCUCCUUCACAGAGAGCUUGGAGGACAUACUGCAGGUGAUGGAGAAUCUAUUUAAAGACACAACCACAACGUUACUGUCCAAUUGCCCUGACGAGAUGAACUUUUUCUUUAAACAUGUAUCGCCGGGACAGCAGGGCCGGCUGGAGAGAAUGACAAAGAACAAGUUUAUUGUGAUGUCUUAUACCGAAGCCCUAGAAAUUCUCAAGAAAGCGGCGACUUCAUUUCAGCACAAAACCGAGUGGGGCUGCGACUUGCAGACAGAACACGAGAAGUAUUUGGUCAGGCACUGCGGCGAUUUCCCCGUGUUCGUCAUCAACUACCCGUAUGACCUCAAGCCAUUCUACGCCCGUGACAAUGAAGACGGACCUCAGCGUACGGUGGCCGCUGUGGAUCUGCUCGUUCCAGGGAUCGGAGAGCUUUUCGGUGGGAGCCUGAGAGAAGAGAGACUUCACAUCCUGCAGUCACGUCUGGACACGUUAGGACUGGCAGAUACAUACCAGUGGUAUCUAGAUUUACGUCGGUAUGGCUCUGUUCCACACGGCGGUUUCGGCAUGGGAUUUGAGCGAUACCUGCAGUGCGUUCUGGGAAUCGACAAUAUCAAAGAUGUCAUUCCAUUUCCAAGAUUUCCCUAUUCAUGCCUUUUAUGAGACCACCUGGACAUAGGACGUGAUGAUGAAUGGUCAGACCGAGGAACGUCUGUGAGAAGACCCAUAACGUCAUGGCCAAAAACAUCAAGGAACUGUUGAACAUUGUCCAUGAAGGACCAGAUUUUUUGGGCCAAAUUUAUAAUAAAAAAAUAAAAAAACAUAACUUUA